UUUCUAUAAAGCUGAAGAAGAACUAUUGGCCAACAUUAGCAACAAAAGGCUCACCGGCUCCUCCCGAGAAGCGCAUAGCUGGGGUCUUGGGACUCACCUGCCUUGUGUUGAUAUGCUUUAUUGUGUCAGUGAUUGUUAAAACUCCAGGUAAUAAUUCAAAAUCUCCAGAGUACAGUUGCGGCUCUUGCCCACAGGGGUGGUUCACUUACUCCAGCAGCUGCUAUUACUUUAGUGGUGAGAGAAAGAACUGGAAUGAGAGCGUGACCGCCUGUCAGGGAAACAACUCUCAGCUGCUCUACAUAGACAGUGAGGAAGAAAAG